GCACCCUAUGCCAGGCCAUAGUAGACAAGCAUUCAGCCAAUGCUCAUUCGCUCCAUGCAAGCUCUAGGCUACAAGCUUCCUGCAGAGUGUGCAAUUGGCCAGCUUUGCUCCUCCCCAGCACCGCUCCAAUAUUAGUCUCUGCCCACGGAUGAACAGAGAGCCGCCAGAGUGGUGAGAACAUGGAUGGUGAAGCGGCCCGUGGCCGUGCCUCUCUCCUGCUAUUACUCAUGAUGCUGAUCAGCCUCUGGCCAGACCCCCCAACCGGCCACACUCAGGCCCCACCACGCCUCACGCAGCUCACAGCCCGCCGGGUGAACAGGGUGCUGGGCAGCUCGGCCUGGCUGUCCGUGUCCCUGCCUCCAGGGGCACAGGUGAAGGCAACAGAAUGGAGCUUCGCCGCGGGGCCAAGCAGCGCCAUCGUGGUGGCGGAGUUCAACGACAGGGGGCUGGAGCGGCCAGAUCCCAGUGACCGGUUCCAGCAGCGGCUGGAGGUGCCCAAUGCCACAGCGCUGGGCAUCCGGGCACUGCAGCGGGAUGACAGCGGCAAGUACAGCGCCCGCGUGAAACUGCACCCGGCGGUCGUGGAGGAUUACGACUUCCACCUCGCCGUCUACGAGCCAGUGCCAGCGCCCCGGGUCCACUGCCAGCUUCUGGGCAGCACCCCAGAGUGGUGCAACGUCACACUGCAUUGCCAAGCGCCCAGCCAGGCUGCUGUGAAUGUGACCUGGGGGACGGGCAGCCCACCACGCCCACUGCGAUUUGAGCUGCACCAGCUCUCCGUUGAUGGCCGGAGCCUGCGCCUGGCCCUGCCGCCCAGUGCCUGGAAUGCCACCUACACCUGCAGCAUCAGCAACCCUGCCGACCGGAAAAGCGCCUCCUUCGACCUGCAUGCCACCUGCCUCCGGGAAGACCGAGACACGUCCUCCUCCAAGCCAGGCUAUGUGGUCCUGACUAUCAUCCUGCUGGCACUGAGCAUUGGUGGUGCCGUCUGGUGUUGGCGCUUCAACAAGAAGAAGUCAGCCCAAGCCACUGUGACCUCCCCAGUCCCAGCUGAGCCCAGCUCCUCAGACCCCCAGUACGCAGAAAUCCUGCGGAGGAGCCCUCCGGAGGGCAACGACCAGGCCCUGCGGCACCUGGACGGCACCGCGGAGCGGCGCUCACAGAAGGAAGCACUCGUCACCACCGUGUAUGACCGGAUCCACCUGACCCCAGCAAACGCAGCCGAGGUCACCUAAACCGAGCAACGACCCAGCUGAGUGGGAGCUGCGGGGUCGUUGCCACUCAGCACCCUGGCUCCAGCUCGCCCGGCGUUCUCCUGCCCCAUGGCUCUCCUACCACUUUGUGUUUUGCAACCUUCCCUGUGCCCCCGGAGCCUGCUGGGGAAAAAGGGACUGGAGCUAAGGCAAUGGAGCUGGCUGCGGUGGGAGCAGAGGCUGCAGUUCCUGGGGUGCAAGCCACCGAGAAAAAAGGCCAGAAGGGAGAGGGGCCAGGCUGCACCGGGGGGCACAGCCCAUCCAGAAGGGAUGUCAGCAAAGCAGAGAGCCACGGUCCCCCUCCCCGCGGGGCUGCCAAGUGGAGUGUCAUGGCAGCAGAGGACGGGUCGCAAUGCCUCUCCCCAGCUCUGAACAGGACGUGGCUACAAGAAACCAUUGAUCUCCACGUGCAGGGACCUUGAGCUGCAUUUGUUGUUCAGUGGUGCUCAGCGAGUGGCAACGCAGCAAAGAGAAACAGGACUGAUCCGCUAAUGAGAUCUUUGAUGUGGGGAGGGCCAGCGCUGCCUGGCUCCAAGGUACAGCCCCAGCAAGGGGGAGAGGCAGCUGGAGCAUUAGGGAGGGGAAAAGCUGUCAGGGUAAAGAUAGACAGCUGGAAGGGUGAGCGAGGGGCCUGCUUUGCUGCUGCAGCUGGUUGGGACUGAGGGUGACGGGGCCGGCUGGGGUUGCAACGCAGCGCAAGGCCUGGAAGAAGCAUCCCCGUGAUAUUCCUGGGUGGGUGAAAGGUACGGGGCUGCCUGGGGCUGGUGGAGGAGCAGCCCCAAGCUCACAGGUAUCCCUUCCCAGGACCACAGUAGAUGUGCUGGUGAGCAAAUCAGCAGGGAGGUGCCAGGAGGUGCAUGUUACCAGGUGGAACCUGAUGCAAGAUGUAUUGCCCAUCUGUCAGGAAAUGUACUUUGCUCCGCGUGCACUUCCCUAACAACACCUAGAGCUGGGUUGGGAUGGGAGGGGGUGAGAUCAGUGCCUAGGAAAGGCCUGAGCCUCCCACGGAUGGCAGCAGGCUGCAGCCCUGGGUGAAGCGUCCUGUUGAAAGGUGUAUUGACCAUCUGUCAGGAGAUGCACUUUGCUCACAUGCACUUCCCUAACAACUCUAGAGCUGAGUUGGGAUGCAAGUGGGGUGGGAUCGGUGCCUGGGAAAGGCCUGAGCCUCCCACCGAUGGCAGCAGGCUGCAGCCUGGGGUGAAGCGUGGAGCUGAGCCCUGCCCAGAGCAGCUUUCUGGGGGUCCAAGACCCUCAUCCCCAGCCCUACUCCCUUCUUGCCCUGGGGGGGUGUUACUGCUGUCCAUAAAGGGGGUAUCUCCAUUCCCAUUUCCCUCCAUGUAUCCAGCUAGGCUGGGUGGGGAGUGCUGGUGGUAGGGUUACCCCUCCUGUCCUUGAUCCAGAAAGGAUCUGGCUCUGGGCUGGGACAUGGGGCAUUAUCAGGAUGAAACAAGUGAGGAUGAGUUGGCAGGCAGAUCUCCUGUGAAACGUGUGUGCGUAUGUGUGUGUAUACAUGUGUAUAGACGUGUGUGUGUGUGUGUACAUGUGUGAAGAAAUCACCCCAAACCCCACGUGUCUCAGAGUCCUCUCCUCUUUUCCCCACUUCUGCGAGCACAUGUAGCAAGGCACACAUCUGUUCCCGACGGGGUGUGCCUGUGCAUUCAUGCAAAUAUAAGAAAACUAUGAAAAUUA